AUGUUAAGUUUAAGACGAUUGGAUCCCAAUCAUGCAGCAAAUCGUUCAACAACGGGUAAAAAAAUACGCGAUCCGAAAUGCGCAUUGUGUUCUGCACAUGGCAAUAAACAACCGCUGAGAGGACACAAAAAAGCGCAGUGUCCAUUUUUGAAAUGUGGAUGUCAUCUGUGUGGUUUGGUUGAAAAUCGUCGAACACUAAUGGCUCGUCAAAUAAAACUACGACGAGAUCAACAGAAGCAGCGGAAAGCUCAGCUUAAUGCUGCUGCUGCAGCUGCUGCAACGCUUUCAACCACAAUAACAACAACAACAACAACAACAACAACAACAACAACAACAACAACAACAACAACAGCAACAAACAUUGCUACAAACAAUUUAAUCAUAGAGCAAUCGAAUUUGGAAACUGAACGAGAGCGAUUUACUACUGUACCAGAUAAUAAUAGAAAAAUAGAGGAACCGGUACGUGUACCACCGCUUCUACCAGUAUUCCCAAAACCACAAAUUAUGGAACCCAGAGCACCGGUCCCAAUAAUCUUUCAGCCAACUGCGAUAUUACCGACAUCACCAAUGUUUAUUUCACCAAUGGAUAAUAUCGAUUUACGCUUCAUGUCACUAAAUUAUCAUCAUAUGAUGAAUCCAAUACCGUUUCAGUUUACUCCAAUGUUACCGUAUGCGCCAACAUUACCGUUCCUAUCAGCACCUUAA